GUAUAAUGUCAUUGAAGCCGAUCAAUUACGAGUUGGAGAUCACGUGGCUCGGCUUCUGAUCGGGGGACUCGGUGACAAUCGACAUUUUGAGUUCGAAUGGGAACCGUGCCUUCAACGCCUAGAAGGAGCGGCAGCGCGCGGCCGCAGGACACGGCGGAGUACCUGAUCGGGACCUUCGUCGGCGAGAAAUCGUUCCCUAUCUCCUCCGAUUUCUGGCACAAACUCCUCGAGCUCCCUCUCAACCUUAACUGGCCCUCGCACCGUGUUCGGGGGGCCUGCGAGCUCUUCGCACAAAACAACCAAUACACGAAGCAUCUUGCAAAGAUUUUGAUCCACCUUUCUUGGUGUUUGCAAGAGUGUGUUUCGGCUUCCGGUGCUCCGUCCAAUGUUUACGAAAAGGCUGUUAAUGCCGUCUACAUCUCAUCUGUUUUCUUGAAGCACUUGAUCGAAAAUGCCAAAAACGAUGACAUUGAGGAGUUAUAUCUGUCCCUGGAUGAAAAAGAACCUAUUCCAAAGGAUUUUAUUCAAGAUGAAAACAUCGAGAAUCUUGUUGUGCGUAGUGUGCUUAGCUUUAUCAGCUCAGUAGAUGUGAGUCCCAACACGUAUUUCCUACACUUGGAGCUGCUUAAUUUCAUGCUGAUUGCAAUGUCGACUCAGCUUCUUUGUGGGCCAUCUCCGGGACCAAAAGAUGUGAACCCAUUUAUUGAUGCAGCAAUGGUUCAGGAUGGCUCUUUGGUUAGUUUGGUUGUGCGAAAACUUCUGCUCAAUUACAUCUCUCAACCUCCCUUCAAAAGUGCAACUUAUUCCAUAUUUUAUGAAGGAAGUCAGCCUAGUGUUCUUCAAAGAGUCGGUUCUGCAGCUGCCAAUUUUGUCUUAUUGCCAUUGAGUUAUUUGGGCAGUUCAAGAGGUGAAGGUUCAAGAAGUCCAUUGGCGGACUGCAGUCUCCUUGUGCUUCUUGUUCUCAUUCAUUAUCAUAAAUGUGUUGUGAGCAACGAGUCCGUGACAGAGAGAAUUGUUGAUAGUGCUACUUCAGAUUCUCUUCUGAAAGAAAAUACACAUUUUUCUGACAACCCUUACUGCAAGGCUUUGGAAAAUGCCACGGAUUUUGAAUUUGACCGUAUAGAUGUUGAGGGGAAUGCACAUAUUGGUCCUGUAGUGAGGUUACCUUUUGCUGCUCUGUUCGAUACUCUGGGCAUGUGCUUGGCUGAUGAGGCUGCUGUCCUUUUGCUUUAUUCAUUACUGCAGGGGAACUCAGACUUUUUGGAGUAUGUCUUGGUGCGGACUGAUUUGGAUACAUUGUUGAUGCCCAUUUUGGAAGCUCUAUAUGAUGCACCUAGGAGGACAGCUAAUCAAAUCUACAUGUUGCUGAUUAUACUUCUGAUACUAAGUCAGGAUUCUUCAUUUAAUGCAAGCAUUCAUAAGUUGAUUCUGCCUGGUGUCUCAUGGUACAAAGAACGCCUCCUUCAGCAGACAUCUCUUGGUUCCCUGAUGGUCAUUAUUCUCAUAAGGACUGUGCAAUAUAAUCUGUCUAAGUUGCGGGAUGUUUAUCUCCAUACAACUUGUCUAGCAACAUUGGCAAACCUGGCACCUCAUGUCCACCGUUUGAGUUCAUAUGCAUCACAGAGGCUGGUCAGCCUUUUCUUUAUGCUCUCGCGCAAGUAUAACAAAUUAGCAGAGCUACGAGAUAAUAAGGUGCAUAUAGCCAAAGGCGACUCAAUAAACUCUCUUUCAGAUGAUAUGUCGACAGAGUUACAUAUAUAUACGGAUUUCCUGAGACUUGUUCUUGAAAUUUUAAAUGCAAUUUUGACUUAUGCCUUGCCAAGGAAUCCUGAGGUCGUAUAUGCUAUAAUGCACAGGCAGGAGGUCUUUCAGCCAUUCAAGAAUCAUCCACGCUUCAACGAGCUGCUUGAAAACAUUUAUACUGUAUUAGAUUUUUUUAAUAGUCGCAUGGAUGCCCAAAGUACAGAUGGUGAAUGGUCAGUAGAGAAAGUACUACAACUCAUAAUUAUUAACUGCCGAUCUUGGCGGGGUGAGGGAAUGAAGAUGUUCACGCAAUUACGCUUCACUUAUGAACAAGAGAGUCAUCCGGAAGAGUUCUUUAUUCCUUACGUGUGGCAGCUAGUUUUAUCCCAUUGUGGAUUCGGCUUCAAUUCAGAAGUCAUAAAUUUGUUUCCAGUUGAUCCACCUGUAGAAAAGCAAGAAAAUGAAGAAGUGGUAAGUAGUAAGUACCAAAAUGGAGAGUUGAGCAUGCACGGACUUCUCCUUGAUCCGUAGGUGGUGCAAUAUAUAAUAUCACCACCAGAAAGAUUCAUGUUAAUUGGUGCAUAUGUAAAUAUAUGAAAUAGUAGAAUAUGUAUUCUUCUCAUUCUUUCUGUUCAUAUGUUUGCUACACUGUAGAGGCCCUUUUCCACACGGAAAUUUGAGAUAAUCUAUGUAAUGAAUAAGAGAUGACGCUUAUUAACCGAGAAAAGAAAAUAAUAAUAAGAGAAUUAGAGCCGAUGCUCAAUUCUACUUCAA